AUGUUAGUAUUGAAAAACAUGUUCCUUGACAAAAUAAAACCAACUACAGAAAUAAAUGACGCAAGACUGAAACGUUGGGUAAAAGCUUUCCCAUUCACAAAAGAUAUUAUUGGUUACAUGGAAAGAAAACCAGAAUGGCUACAAAAACAUAUAUUUGGAAACGAGCUUAUUCCAUAUGGGCAAGCUCUGUUUGAAGAGCUUGAACCGGAAACUCAGGAAAGAGUCAUGCAAACAAUAAGCGAAGACUCAAUUACAAACUAUGACAAAAUCUUUCUAGGAUAUAGGUUACCUGAGAUGGGCGACCAGAGCCCAAAGGCAAAAAGGGCAUGGAAAAUUUGCAACAUACUAGAUGAACAUGAGGCAAAGAUGCUACAACUUGAAGCAGAGGGCAAGUUACCAAAAGCGACACCAAAGAAGAAGAGAAGAGUAGAACAAAGUGAAAGUAGUGAAGAAGUAACUUCAUCUAGUGAAAGUAGUGGCAAUGAAGGAAAAAGAAGAGUUAAAGAUUCAGUUAAAAACUCAGUCAGGAAGAAAGUAAAGCUUGGUCCGAGUGGGUUCUAUUAUGACAUAUAA